CUACUUCUUAAGUUGUUUUCUCUCUUUAGAUGUCCAUUUAAUUUGGUGAAAGUGUGAAGGUACUGUUCCAGUUCACUGCAGUAGACGUGUUUUGACAGGAAGUGGAUUUUGAAAAUGAAAGGAGGAUCAAAGAUGAUGAUGAUGAUGGUGCAGAUUGUGGUGGCAACAUGGAUAUGGUGGUCGAGUAUCAAUGCAUUUGGAUGGGCAAGUGAGGUCCCUCUAACAGCAACCUACAGCAGUGUGAGUUUCAACACUUCAUUCCACGAUGCGAGUGUGGGAUUCUACCAGAUGUUCAUGCAAUCUCUACGAACAGAAUUGUCCAGUGGAACCGAGAGCCAUGAAAUUCCAGUGCUGCGUACAAAAUCCACAGCGGUCGGAGACCAGCAAUUUGUGUAUGUGAAUCUCUUCAAUCCAAGUGUCUCCAUCACCUUUGCAAUACACAGUCUCAACGCAUAUGUGGUGGCCUAUCAAGUAGAUGCAGACGAGCGUUGCUACUUCUUUAGAGAAACUCCUCCCAAUUCGAAAACUUUACUUUUCAGUCAUUGUAAGACAAGGGUUGAUGUUAAUCUCGAAACCAACUAUGUCAAGUUAGGAGGCAGAGAGAAAACCAGGUUGGGAUUCAAGGCAUUAGACCAGUCCCUAGAUGCAUUUAAAAGUUUUGAUAGCAAGGAUCCUAAUGACGAGCUUCGUCAAAAUCUUCUGGUUGUUAUCCAAAUGGUUGCAGAGGCUGCAAGAUUCAAAAAUAUUCAGCAAAUGCUGGAGUGGAACGGCUUUGAGUCAGGAUUUUUCCCAAGAGGUGAUAUUAUCAGCUAUGAGAAUAAAUGGGAGGAUCUUUCCAAAGCAUUCCAGCAAUCUGAAGAUGGAAAAUUUCCUGAGAUUGCACUACAACAUGAAGACUACACUUCACGCUAUGUGUCCACGGUUGCAGAAGUGAAAAACGACAUGGGACUCUUGCUGCAUAUAGCCACAGCGAUGAACGAAGAAAGCUUUGAACAAAGAGCUGCUACUAUAUGAUAUCUGUUGAUGCCUUACACAACAGUCGACACUUAGUAAUUAAGUGGGUGAUUCUUUUAAUCAUCUUCCUACAUGCUAUAUGAUGAUAUUUGAAAUAAUGUUUUAACAUACGAGGAAUAAAAUCAUCCCACUUUACGGCUC